AGUGACCACAGCCGAACGCCCAUCCAGCCCUUUGAGCGGCGGGACUGCGACCAAACGGACUCAUUUGCCUCAGCGACUGUUUACCACCUGAAAGCGACACCGCACGGAGCAGCGGGAAAGCUCACGUUUCAAGCAGGUUUUGUCGCAAAAGGAAUCAGUGUGGUCGCUGCUUGUCUUGUUGUUUUGGUUUUUUUUUGUUGUUGUUUUUUUGGACACUCGAAAUUGCGCACGGCGGAUCUAUGAAGACGCGGGCAGGUUUUUCACUCUCAGCACCAGACCGAGGGAACAGGGAGUGAUUCACCCCCCACCACCACCACCACCAGCCUGCAGCCCCCAUGCCGGGCAUAAGCUCCACCGCGCCUCGUUAUGAAAACUGGGACAUGGACCACCUCGAUCAUUACCAACAUUAUUUCUACGACGACCACGACCCGGAUGAGGAUUUCUUCAAGUCUACAGCGCCCAGCGAGGACAUAUGGAAGAAAUUCGAGCUGGUACCGACCCCGCCCAUGUCCCCCAUCCGGGCGGUAGAAGGGUCGGGCAGGGUCGGACUGCUGUACCCGUCUCUGGGGGACAAGCUGGAGUGGGUCUCUCAGUUCUUGGGGCAGGAGGAUGAGCAACAGCAGCAGCAGCAGCAGCAGGACCUGCCGUGCAAGCUGACCGCGGCCAACGACUCCUUCGGGAACCUGAGCUCCAUUAUCAUCCAAGACUGCAUGUGGAGCGGCUUCUCCGCCGGGCAGCAGCUGGAGAGAGUUGUAGGGGAGCGCUGCGCCUCCUGUCCCGGGACGGGGGCGUCUGCCGCUAAAGUCGCCGCCGGGUCUGCCGUUUCUUCCCCGGGGAGGGCGCAGUGUGCAGCCGCCGACACGCCAGCCGUCGGUGGCUUGGCAACGGACUGUGUGGACCCCGCUGCGGUGCUUACUUUCCCGCUUACCGGUGGAUGCAAGAAACAAGUGUCCUCUGGUUCAGAGUCUCACACCGACUCGUCAGAUGAUGAAGAUGACAAGGAUGACGAUGAAGAGGAGAUUGACGUGGUGACGGUGGAGCACAAGCAGCAGCAGCGUAAGCCUCGUCGACUGGUCAACAGCCGGAAACCUGUGACCAUCACAGUGCGGGCCGACCCCCUCGACCCCGGCAUGAAGCGUUUCCACAUCUCCAUCCACCAACAGCAGCACAACUAUGCUGCCCCAUCCCCGGACACUCUCCCGGCGCCAACCGAACCGCCUCGCAAGAGGGUCCGGCAGGAGGCCUCCACCCAGGCGAUCCAACCACACCAGAACUCUCACUACCACCAGCCCCGGCCAGGCCACGCCCCUCUGAACUUAGACAGCAGAAGGUCUCAUGUGACCGUGGCUGGAGUCAGGUCAGAGUCGCCGAACCUCAGCGCCUCCUCUCCCACCUCCUCCACAUCGCCUUCGUCUCCUCCCUCCUCCUCCUCUUCUUCCUCCUCCCAAAGCUCUCCAUCAAAGCCCCACUCCCUCUCCCACUUCUCCAGCCCCCAGUCCUCCGACUGCGAGGACACAGACAAACGCAAGGCGCACAACUUCCUGGAGCGCAAGCGGCGGAACGACCUUCGCUCCCGUUUCCUGUCGCUGCGGGACGAGAUCCCGGGCUUAGCGGACUGCCCCAAGACUCCAAAGGUGGCGAUCCUGACGCGAGCCACGGAGUACCUGCAGCAGCUGCACACCAGCGAGAGGCAGAAGGCUCAGGAGAGGAAGCAGCUGAAAGCCAGGCAGCUGCAGCUGCUGCAGAGGCUGGCACAGCUCAAACGAUCCUGAGCGUCCGAGGGGGGGGGGCGCGUCGGCUGUCACCACACACGUACACUCACAGAACUCAAUGGGACUACAUGAAGAAGAAAAGACACUAAUGUUCACUUUGAGUUGGUCACGUUGGAAUAGUGCGGGUGGAUUGUUUUUUUUUUUUUUGUUUUUUUUUCUGUUUUUGUGGUUUGCACAUUAGCUUCUGAGUGAUUGACAAGGCCACAAGCCGGUCGGGACAGCAAGCUAGGGACUGAUCUUAUGAAUCUAACGGGCAGAUGAAUAUGUCCAUGGUUACUCAAUACAGAUAUGUCAAACUGUUAUGUUUCCCCCUGCUAAAAAUGUUCAAAACUGUUGCUUGCUACUGGGAAGGCUGCUGUGAAAGCAGCAGCUUCUAGUUGAUGAACUGCUACAACUGUGCUGUUUAACUGCUGCAUGGUCUGGUCAGACGUCUCCUUGUGAUAGAUGUGCUUGCACGGCAAUGAUGUCUCCUCUUUCUAUCGGUCUGAAGAGCCCCCUAGAGUUUCUUUCCCCCUUCAAAUUUCUGCUUUUUUCUUUUUCUCUCUAAUGCUGGCAUACGCUUGGCAUACAACUUCUUUUGUGUGUUCUUUUCCAUUUUCAUUUACUUCUCACUCGCUGUCUGUAGCAUCUACCCUCUAUCCCUGUUGUUUCCCGUUCUUUUUUCUCUCCCUGUCAGCAUUAGAAGUUUCUAGCUUUAUGCUUGCUGAUAAUGGAGAUGCACCGGGCUGUAGUUGGACUGUACUGAGCCAUGCAACAGUAAUGUUACAACUGGAUGGACACAACAUGUUCUGCACCUCUGAAAUAGCUCAGGUUAAGUCUUAACUUCUGUGCCUGCAGGUUUUCACUGAUAAACUUGUAGUUUUCUUCUUGCAUCAGAGAUGUUCCGGCACUUUGGUCACAGUAACAGCCUGUUUUUGUUUUGUUUUUUUGUAGCAUUUUAUUUGGAGAAAAUGAGAAGAUUUGUUGCCAUGCAGGCAUUGUUUUGAGAUAGAUCAUAUUUUCAAGCAACAAUCUGCAAAAACAGUAAGAAAAGUUUUUUACCAAGCUUUCACGCUCCCUAAUAUUGUUGUGCAAUGGAGACCAGCCAAAAUGUGAAUGUCGGCUUCAAUUAAUUAACCAAAAGAAACUCUUAUAAAAUGGCUCAAAUUUAAUCUAUAUGUCAUGUCAUAAAAAAUGCCAACUUCUGCCCACUGAGUUCCAAAAGUACAUUUCUUUCAUCUUGCUCUCUGAUUAUAUUUGUACUUUUUUUUUUUGCAUUUCAUGUAAUGCCUAUAGAAGCCUUUCAAUGUAUGUAGACUAUCCUGUUGGAUGUUAUGUAUAUAGUUCCCUUACUGUACAGCCCCUUCCAAACCAAAACCAGAGCUGUCUACUAUACUCAUCCUAGUUCUUGUUGGGCCUCGCGUGAUAAACCGGGGCCAGGCUUGCUGGCUUUUCAAAGAUAACUCAAAGCUUCUAUUUUUGUUAAUAAAAUGAUUAUGAAAAAGAGUCAAAAUAAAACACUUACUGAACAUUGAUCACACUAGCCACUUUGUCACACAUUUUCUUUUUUUUUUUGUUUUUGUUUUGUAAUGCCUACUUGUUUUCAUUACUUUUUCUGUGUCUGGGGUUUCUUUAUUUGUACAAGUCAAGAGUUGACAAAAGUUUUAUACUAUAUUUUCCUACCGAGUUGUGUUUCAGUGUGAGCUAAUGACUAUUCUUUUUGUUAUGUAGCCACCAGGGCUUUAUUGGUGGUUAUGUGCUGAAAAUUGGCAUGUGUGGUCUGCUUUCUCCCUCUCUUUGGAGUGGAAAGCACCUGAAAGCUCCUGUAUUCAAUCCAAUCACUGUAGCUGUAGCACUCUCUUAAAUCUGGCGUGAGGUGUGGGGGUGGAGGGGGGGAGGCUUAAGAGGAUCUACCGAUUUUAAACUUCUGGCUGUGUGUAGCCUUAAUGUUACGGCUCUCUCUGCUUUUUUUUUUUUUUUGCAAGCCCGGCGCUCCCUACUGUCCCAUAAGCCAUGCAACAGAGAACACUGUAGCCCUGGAUCUAGUACUGUAAAUGACUUGAUCACGAGUAGCAUCGCCUGCUUUUACCAGCACUCAGGAAAACCCCCCCCCAAGUAAACUGUAGCUCUUGUGAUAGGCUCAUAGACUCUGCUUGAGGGGGAAAAACCCGUAAUAUAAUAUGCUGUAUGUAUAAUAUAACCUCAGAAAGCACCCUCAGAGAUGAAAAGAGAGGAUUUGAUCAGAGGAUUCGUGAUGGUUAAAGAAAUACUUACAAAUAUCAUUAAUGUUUCCCCUUUUUACUCUGUCUUAAAAAAAAUCUCAAAUGAAUUCAGCACAAACCACCAGUAGCCCUGAUUUUUAGUUUGUUUUUCAAUAGGGUGCACCCACAGCAGUGGUUUGCCCCAUAUUUCUGUUUUGUUUAACUUGUAUUGAUCACUGGUCUCUGCGGUUGGCACAGUCAUGGUAGCAGUGGACAUUGCUUGCUUACUUUGGGAGUUCAAUUAUGGUGAUUUGGAGCCUUGUCUCAGCACUUUGUUUUUUCUGUACCUCAUAAGCCUCUAUGUAUGAAGAGUAAGUCAUAAAAUUAAUAAAUUUCAUGGUUUGACAUCAUAAACAA